CUCUCUUUGAAAAAUACACAUUUUGUCCCAUGAGUUUGCACAGGCACGACGCAGCGCCGAUCUCGCAAGAUGACUACUUCAAGCUUAACGCGCCAUUCCGCCUGUGGCUACGCAAGGAGCGCAACACGUACUUUGAUGAGCUGCCCACCGACAAGGCCCGCAGACACUUUGCCUCCUUUGUGCGUCGCUGGAAUGCCGGCAAACUGCGCUCGCGCUACUACCAGGCCGACCCGUCUCUAACCGGUCUGCCUGCAGGCACCGCCACACGGCACUCCUGGGGACACACGCAGGGCACCACGCAGGGUUCCACGCAAGGCCCCACAUUGCCCAGCAAAGAUCAGGCGAAAAACAGCUCGAAGCGGUUCCAUCAUGAGCAGCGCGAGCGCGAGCACGAGCGCCGCAAGCGCAGCCGCCGAGAAGACCGCGACCGCACCGAGUUGAUUCUCGACGAGGUCGCGCCCAAGGAGACCGGGCGCGAGGCAAAGAUCCUGAAGCGGCGCGCCAAGAGCCAGCAUUUGCACCAGGACAAGUCCAUGGAUGCUACUUUAGAUGAUAGCGAGCUUUACGGCGACGCCGGCAGUGAGUUCCGGAAAUUGGUGCGUAGUCGCGAUCAGCGCCGAGCUGCAAAGCAGGGCUCACUGGAGAAACAGGCAGCUGCGAGCGAUUUGCGCGAGAAGGAGCGCCAGACCAUCGAGAGAUACCGCCAGAUGGCGCUGGAGAGCAAGGAGCUUGGCCGCGGCAUGUUCGCCGAGGACUGAUUUAAUCUAUGAUCACUGGCCCUGCAGUUGGUAAAAUUGCAGCCUCUCAGCUUUUUUUUUUCAACCCCCUUUUUCACCUCCCGUCGUCUUAAUAACACAGCAUUUUUCUAAUGGG